UAGCCGGACUUCAUCAUAACGACAGGAAGCUGUGGCCUGUGGUGUGAUGCUGCUGCUCUUCAGUCAGUCAGUCAGCAUGGACUUCACAACACUGUGCACUGUUGUUGGUGGUCCAGUGAUCCUGGAGAGUCCUGCUGUCCCUGUGAUGGAGGGAGACGCUGUGACUCUGAGCUGCAGAACCAAGUCGACCUUCUCCUCCAACAACAUCUCAGCAGAUUUCUAUAAAGACGGCCUCUUCAUCAGCAGCAGCUCUACAGGAGAGAUGACCAUCCACAGUGUUUCUACAUCUGAUGAAGGACUCUACAAGUGUAACGUCUCUGGAGGUGGAGAAUCUCCAGACGGCUGGUUGGCUGUCAGAGCAGGACAUCCUGAGCCGCCGAACUCCCCCCUCACACACAUUCUACUUCCUGUGGUGGGCGUCGACCUCUGGCUGGUCUGUGUGAUGCUGCUCUGCCUCUGGAGGAGCCACAAAGAUGAAAUUGAUCCUUCGGUUGUCUUGUACACUGAUGUCACCAGCUCAUGGAAACAAAAAGGUUUGCCACUGAAGAGCCACUCCUUGUUUUCCUCUGUUGCUGUGUACAGACUGAACCCCGUCAGGUGUAAAAACACACCGCGCCAUGUGUUGACUUAUAAAGCCUGAAACUCUGCUGCUGAUCAACAGGAGCCAGGACACUUUUUACAUCUUUUUAAUGGCUUUGACUA